UGUACUUUCUAAAACUAAACUAUGUGUCUUAAAGACCGCAUUAGCAAGACCAUCUAGCCAGUUAGUAGAUACUGUCACUAUCGAUUGGGAGAUAGUUGGUAUAACUGGGCUGCAAAAACAAAACAUAAGGUUAAUUCCUUGAAGCAAGUCAAAAGUAUCUGUGAGUUAGACAAAGAAAAAAAUUAUAGUAAAAAUAAGUGUUAAUGAAACCUCCACUAUAUUGUCCUCAGAGCUGACUGUUUAACUCACAGAGGGUAUUCGUGUUGUUAUUUGUAGAAACCUCCUUCAGUGACAGUGUAUAAAUGUGGAACAAUAUAACGAUAAAUCAUCAAUGACGCUGAUUGCGUUAAGGUGGUUCCAAUACUGUACGAUUCUGUUUUGGUGACAUAUUAUUUGCCUAUCUGUUUAUCUUUGGGGCGCUGUACGUCUUUUGCGGUUUGGUAUGAUCGGCGCUCACCUAACAUCAUGUGAUUGAUGCUCAACGGACACCGUCUGCAACAAUUCGCUCCGAUAUGAUCGGCCACCCCAAAUAUAUAGCACUGGUAGCAUUGGCUUUCACAGGCUCCGUGGGCAUGACGAUGCUCAUCCUCGCCUGCGCCCUUCCUGAAUUCGGGACGUGGUAUCCUCUCAUCAACGUCAUCUGGUAUCUAGCAACCGUGCCAUUGUUACUCAUUGCUCGGAACGGACGGGAAUUGAUGAGUUCAUCAAAUCCUCGUGAAGAGGUUGCUUUGUUCCUCACAGCCCUCGUCGUCAUUUCUGCAUUUGCCCUUCCUGUAACUCUUGCGAGGUCACGUUCUGCAGAGGGCGCAGUACUCGUACAGUGGCCAGCAUGUGGCUUGACGUUAUUCGCUAACGUCAUAGUGUACGGAACGAUUUUCGGCUUCUUCAUUUCAUUUGGAAGCAGCGAUAAUGACUACUCAACAUGGUAGAAAUUAAUUUAAAAAAGACGUCAGAUCGUCCACUGCUAAACAUCAUGCGAGUCUUUGUCUAAUUAACAACUGCAUCAAGCACCUAGAUCCUGACCAAACACAACCGGUUCGUCUAUGUCCGUGGAGAAAAAUUUGCUCUGGGUCUUUUUUUAUCGAUAAUACACAUACGCCGAAGCUGUAAAACACAAGGUCAACAAAGACCCAGCAACACUAGUAGCACCAAGAUCCUCCACGUAGCAUCGGGCAGAAUAAGUGGAUUUGGUCAAUUUGUUUUGCCAGAAGCUGCUUUAGUAGGACCACCAAUAACAAUGAAACAUAUACGAUUGAGCCACAUAGCACUUUUGUAGGUGGCAGCCUUUAGCUCUUCUACAACGGGCCGUGGGGGCUUCGUUGAAAACUAUGUAUAUAAAUUAUGCAAUAUAUGAAUCUGUAAUAUGCGAGUAAACACAUACCUUAUCAAUGUAGAAUUGACAUGCUCGCCAAGAAGGCUAAGAUGUAUUCAGAGUGAUUAACUGAGGCAUUCGUAGGUUAGCAAACCGUACAAACAGUUGGACCAAUCUGUGACCACACAAGACAAGAUUACUUGCAUGUAAAGUCCUGUGAGGUAUUCCUUAAGCAUGAUCCGGUUUUCCAUAUGCGGAAACAAAGAAAAGCGAAAUGCCUCAUAAGAGGAUUACAUUUUAACUACAUCGUAUGUUGAUACCGUAGUUGUAAACAAUUAAGAAAAAAACACACUAGGAAACGUGGUGACAUGGAACUCAUCGGUACGGAAGAAAUCAUAACAUGAAGUUGCAAUUAUACUAUUAGUAGUGUAAGUUGAUGAUAGCAUAGUUAUUGAACAUGCGCAAAAAUUAUAUCUAGAAGUGUAGUUGCUAGUUGACUACAAAAGAACCCACCUAUCAGAGGAAUCUAUAACUAUUUAUCGGUUCAUUUGAUUAAGUUUACGCAGGUAGCUCGAAAUUAUCCAUAUGUUCAGUCUGAGCUUCGUACUUAUUACUGCAUGAUUAAAAUUUUUGGAAGAAUACAAAUCUGUUUUUUUUAUUUUUAGCCCUGCACUCGACGUAACAAUGUUUAUAUUACGAUGUCUCAAAGGUCGAUACAAUUUACAAAAAGAAAAGUUGAAACUAUGAAUACGCUCAAAUUAAAGAUAGUAUGCUCCUUUUUUUGCACGUUUAUUUCUUUUGCUAAUUAGCCAUCGUAAGAGUUGCCUAAAGAGCCCUGAUGGAUAUGCCAAUAAAGGUCAUACGUCUGUGUAGCUGGUGGAACUUGAACUCAACUUUUCUGAGUCUUUUAUUUAUUCUCAAGCAUUUGUGAUGAAUAUUGAGCUAUACAGCUGUUAGUAAAACCGCUCGCGACAGAUGUACUCAUAUACAUGGUACGAAAAUAUAAUUCGCUUCGAUAAUUUGCAGCUGCAUGUAAGAUGAAAUACGCUCUUAAUGAAUGAGCCCGUAUUCAGUGGAACCUCUACAGCUAGGGUCUACUGUUCCACACUUUUCGAAAUUUGAAAAAUGUAUUCUAUUUCAAAUUUUGUAUUAACGGGGUGAUUAUAAAAGUUGGUCUCAGGUAUAUCUAUAACUGUAAAAGUUACGGAAAGGUAUAAAAACAUGAUUUGCCCGGUAAGCUCCGUUAGUAAUGUAAUUGGCUCUGAAACUUCAUAUAUGUUCUCUUAUAUAUACAUAGAGAUCUCUUAAAUAAAUAAAAAGUAAUCUCA